AAACGGACGCGGCAAAUUCAACGACGUACGUAACGUAUUAUUGUCUACAAAUAUCCCCUAAAUACACGACGUAAAGGCGAAAAAGCGACGUUUCCCCUCUAUUGGCUGAUUGGAUCAUAACUGUUUAUAUCAGCUAGAGCAAUCCUGCUAUAGUUAUCUAUAAUACGAAUAGCGCGAUGAAUAGACUUCAACAACAUUUGGAUGAAAAUGUAGAAACUAUAAGAGUAAGACCAGAUUCUUACACCAAAUAAUCAGUUAUUACCUACAACGUUCUUCGUAAUUGGAGUAUAUCUUCUCGGGAAGCACUUUUAUAUCGUAAAUAAAGCCAGUUCAUGCAUAUAUUCAUUCAGUUCACUAAGUUUAGCUCCAUCCACACGAUUCCAUCUGCUGUGUACAGUCGCCAGAUACACCUAAAAGGCUUGGUUAAAUCUAUUCAUCCUACAGGUGAAUUGGAGAUUUUCCAUGUACCUAAGGUUAAACUGCCUUUCCAAGUUCCAUAUGCUAAUGCCAUGAAGAUUUUUAUUCCUGUGCAGCAUUCGGGUCAAAGUAUACAAUGGUUGAAGCAAAAUAUACACCCAGGUGAACGUGUUGAUUUUAUCCCUGUAAAACCAAUUUUCGAGGAUGCAGAACUGCUGGCUAUAAUUUACAAACGAUGGUAUUUUUUAAAAAAAGAUAUAUCCUACCACCUAUUAGUUAGUGGAAUAGCCAACCACAAAAGCUUCAAUGAUUUGCCAGAUAACUUUCGCAACAAGUACUCCUCAGCUAUAUCGAAAGCGAUUCGAAUGAAACGAGGAAUUUGGCAAGAAGACUAUAAUGUUUGGAAAUCUUGUAAAUUAUUUUUCCAAAAGCUAAAACGACUCGUGAAAUUGUAAAACUGACGAUCUAAUCUUGUUAAUAUACAGUUUCUAUUUUACUUUUCCAAUUAUGAUGUAACAGUAUGAGUAAUUGUUAUUUUCACGAUUUAAAACAUGAUUAAGCGAAAUGUUAAAGUUAAUAUGGUAACACAUUUUUACGUAAAACUUCACCUUACAUUUUAAUAUUUAUGCUAAAACUAGGAAGUUAUAGUGAGUCUCUACUUGGUGGGCGUUUAAUAAUACGUAUACAAAGUAUCAAAACAUUGUACACCUUGGGUACGAACUUAUUGAAGUCAUCUUUACUUCAUUAUGUAGUUCAGC